UUUUGGAACCAGGGCCGAUGGGAGGAGGCCGAGAAGCUCGAGGUGCAGGUGGUAGAGACUCGCAAGACGAAGCUCGGCGUCGAUCAUCCCGACACGCUGGCUAGUAUGGCUAACCUGGCGUCGACAUUCUCGGAACAGGGCCGAUGGAAGGAGGCCGAG